AUGACAGCACUUUUGAUCAGCGGUCUGUCAUUAACACAGGAAUCCCAACAAUUCUUUAUUAUUAUGUACAAACAGAUUCAAGUGUGUAAAGAAAUAAAGGAUAUUUCCAACGGAAAAGAGAAAAUAGCAAUCCCUUUGAAACUUAAUACGGAUAAUGAUCAACAACCAAAUGUAUUUGAGUAUAUAAAGAGCUGUAUUGGUGGUCCAGGUGUAAAUCUACCUAAAGAACCAUUCUAUGAAGGCUGUAAGUGUGGUGAUAUAUGCAAUCCCAGUAUUUGCCCCUGUAUAGCCCAAUAUGGACCAGCCUAUGAAUGGAAAAAUGACAUACUUACCAUAAAGGACAGUUUCUUUGAAAAAUAUGGUUUAAGUCAACCAGUCAUUGAAUGUAAUUCGCAAUGCUCCUGUUCACACUCCUGUAGCAACAGACUAGUUCAAAAUGGUAUUAUGAUGAAUCUUGAGGUCUUUUCAGCAUCAAACAAAGGCUGGGGAUUGCAAACACUCCAAGACAUUAAAAAGGGACAAUUUGUUUGUGAAUAUGCUGGUGAAAUUAUCUCUUUAAAAGAAGCAAAGAGGAGAACUCAGCAAAAACAAGGGGAUCACAACUAUAUCAUAGUCAUCAAAGAACACAUAAAACAUGGACAAACACUUUGCACCCAUGUUGAUCCAGUAUAUUAUGGCAAUGCAGGACGGUUUAUCAACCACUCAUGUGAUCCACUCCUAGUUAUGAUACCUGUAAGGAUAGACUCUUUAAUCCCUGUUCUAGCUUUAUUUGCUGUAAAAGAUAUUGCUAUGUACACUGAGCUGACAUUUGACUAUUCUGGUGGUGGUGAAGUGAUGCAACAAAACUCUUCAAGUCCUGGAAUAAAGAAGAAAUGCUCUUGUGGGUCUGUUAAUUGUGCAGGUUAUCUUCCCUUUGAUUCAACACUCUUUUGAAUUGAGAAUUGGUGGUAAUUUUAUAUAUUGAUUGAUAUGAAUAUAGUCAGCUCUUGAGAAGGGGGAUCUAAAUUGUUUAUUGAAGUAUUCGAAUUUACUCUCAGCAACAGAUCUCAAUACACCUUUUCAGUUGCUCUUAGGCUGCGACAGCGUGUUAAAUAUUUUUUUGAAUUUGUAGGAAUGUGAGCAAUGCAAACAUUGAUAUGAAUAGUCUUAUUUGUCAAAUUCAAAAGAAUAAUUAACUUGCUAUCGGGUUAUCGAGGCCUAAGUGCAACUGAAAAGGUGUAUUGCAUCACAUAACAAGAGAGGAUCACCAAGGCUGACCUGUUUGGGAAUCAUUUUAGCAUUAUUGGAUAAAUAUGAAAAUCUCAUUUCAAGUAUUAAAAAUUAUUUGAAUUACAAUACUCUAAUACUUUGAAUGCCAGCUGAGCUCCUGAAUGUUUUCCUAAACAUUCUUCAUUAAUAGAAUUGUCAAAAUUCAAUACACCAUUAUGCAUUGUUUUUAAAAAUCUUUUUUAUGUGGUGCAGAUAGAAUAACCAUAUUAGGGCAAUGAGAGAAAGCUCUAAAUGAUGUCAUUUUUUACUAUCUUUGUACUUAAUGUUUACUUUAAAUAAACGUUUGAUAAACAA